AUGUCUUUAACUCCAAUUGCCACAAAACGUCCUCCUAGCCCAACUGACAAAGACGACGUGAAGAAGAAAAAAAAUAUUGACGCGCAAUAUGCAUUAGAACUAAAAUUAUCUGAGCCAUCUGAACGUCCAAGUGUUGGAACCGCUGGAAGAAAAGUUAGUGUUAGAACUAACUAUUUAAGGGUUCGCUCGCUUCCCAGCACUGCCUUGCUUCAUUAUGGCUUUGUCGUGGUACCUGAUGCAAAGACUCCUUUGAAAACAAAGAUUUUUUCUCAGUUGGCUUCUCAGGGUACUUUUGGAAACACGUGUUCUGUAUUUGAUGGAAAUAGCGCUAUCUAUACAUGUAUUCCCUUACCAAUCGGUGAUGACAAAGAAUUUUCCAUUCAGAUAGAAAAGAUAGAAAUGGAUCGACUCAUCGAAUACCUUAAAGAAAAAUGUAUAAUGACAAGUCAAAUCCCAACUUGUAUUACGAUUCUUAACACCGUGUUGAAUUAUGGUCCGAGAAAAAGUUUUGCUGUCGUGAAGCAAGGAAUUUUCCCAGAUGACUUUAAUGAAAGGCCUAUCAUUUUGACUGGUGGUAUCGAAUUGAAAAUCGGAUUUUGUCAAACUAUGAGACCAGGAUGGGAUAAUAUGUUGGUGAAUGUCGACGUAUGUGCUGGCCUUUUUUAUCCGGCAGUAUCGCUGAUCGAGUUUUGUCGACAAACUUUAAACAAGCAUGAUGUUAACGACCUCAGACGAGGAAUUAAUGAUUAUGAGAUGCGCGAACUUGAACGUGCUUUAAAAGGCAUCAAAGUUCGAGUUACACAUCGUGGUGAUCGUAAACCGGUAAUUAAGGUGGAGCGACUCUCUUCUAAAGCUGCGGACGAUCUUUACUUCAAAAAUGAAAAAGAAGGUCGAGAUAUGUCCGUUGCCGAAUACUUUGAUAAAAAUUACAAUCGCAGACUCGAAUUCAAAUCUCUACCUUGUAUCAUGGACAAAAAGAAGAAUUAUAUUCCCCUUGAAGUAUGCGAGAUAUUAAAUAGUCAAAGAUAUGAAAAAACCCUCAGUGAUAGAGCUAGAGCAGAUAUGAUAAGAAAGACGGCUUUGCCCCCUCAAGAUC